AUGCCCCGCUGGCACCCCGACGCCCGCGCCCAGCAGGGGGCGCCCCAGAGGCCCCCGGGCGAGCGCGCCCGGCGCCGCGCGGCCCCGCUGCUGCCCGGCUGGCCCCCGUGCGAGGCGCCGGCGGCGGCCGCGGGGCGGCCCGGGGGCUGGCGGGCGCCGGGCGGCUCCGAGUGGUGGCCGGCCUCCGGCGCCGGGGAGCGCGGGGCGGGCGGGAGGGGCCUGGCCAGGGACCCCGGGGACCCCAGGGACUCCUUGGGCGCCCUGCUGGGCCAGCUCCUCCCCAGCAAGUUCCGGACGUUCCUGCGCCAGCUCGGGGCCCACUGGGUGGAGAAGCUGGAGGCACAGAGCGAGGCCCGCGGGGUCCCAGCAGCCCCAGAACCCCGUCAGCAGAGGCCUGGGUCAGAGCACUGGUUGGGGAAAGCUCCUUCGUGUCCGUCCUUCCUCCCCCACCUGCGGUGCCAGUCAUCAAACUUCGAGAAAAGUCUCAAGAAGGUUUCAAGCUGUCAGAUACCUACCCCGGGGCCGCUAAGGAGAAACCACACGCUGGGGCCGCUAAAGAGAGACCCCCCACAAUUCACCGAGGUCAAAAAGGCCCACAAUCCCUGCGGUCUGCAGGCCCCUAAGCUCAAGGCCACGCUCAGCCACAGCUCCUCGGAAGCCUCCGGGCCCUACCGGCACAGGUGUAGCCCCUUCCGAGUGCGAUUCGCUGACGAGACGCUGCAGGACACGGCGUUUCGCUACUGGGAGCGAAGAUGUGCACUCCAGCAGAGCCUCACAGGCAACUGGCCGCCCAGGCCAGCCCCCACGUCGGUGAACUUGGCGCCCGUGUUUGGGAGCAUCAGGAGGUGGCUGGAGAGUUUGCCCAAGAACCUGGACUCCAGGCCCCGGGAGGAGGCCACGGCCGGCCGGGACCGCCCUGGCCUGCCCGUCCUGGGGCGGCAGAGCCUCCUCUCUGAGGACACCCCCUCGAGCAGCACCCCUUGGUGGCAAAGAGACCGCAACGCCUUCCUGGGCACCCACAGCAUCCUCAGCCAGGCGGGCAGGGCGCCCGGCUCCUGGAGCCAGCAGCUGGAGGCCUUCCUGCCCCGCCUGGACCUGAAGCCCAGCCGUCCGAAGGGGUACCAGCUCCUCCUGCCCUCCUCUCUGCAGUAGCAGGCUCGGCGACCAUGGCCCCGGCCCCCGGCCCAGCCGUGGCCAUGGGCCUGGGGGCGGGCAGGCCUGCCUCGCCCUGCCAAUAAACGUACAUCCCGGGGGCUGGGACCUGC